GCCGGAACCGUGAGAUGGAGUUACUUUUGUUGUUGUUACUGUACAUACUGUAAUGACUGACUGUUUAAAUAAAAUUAUUGUUUCGGAGUAAUGAAUAGGAAUUAAAACCUGAAAAUGGCUAAAGAGAGUGACAUGUCUCUAUUUAAUGAUGUCUUAGAACCAUUUAGGAGAGUCAUCAAUACUAAUCCACCAAAAGACAAGUUGUCCACAGCUUCAAAGUUAAAUUUUUCUGAUAGUAAUCAAUCUAUUAAGGAAGGUAUAACUAACCUAUUCUCCAUUGGAAAAAGAAAGUCUAGCUUGGGUAUAGGAGAUGUUACAACUCCAGAAAAACGUAUGCGUACUGAAUCAUCUUCAAACGCAACUUCAGCACCCCCUUCUCCUUGGGAAACCAAACGAUUAAAAAUAGAUCUCAUUGCUGCAAAAGCCCAGAUAACAAAAUUAGAAGCCCGUGUGAACCAUCAACAUACAAUUCGCAAAGAGAUGCAGAUCUUGUUUGAGGAAGAGAAAGCGUCUUUAGUGGAGCAGCACAAACGAGAUGAGAGAGCUCUCUCUGAUAUGGAAGAUCGACUUCAGGUUAUCAGGAGAAGAGAGCAAGAACUAAGAGAUGAGUUUAAUGAGGCCAUCAAAGAGCAACAUGAAGCUAAAGCCAACUGGGAUAGAGAAAAGAAUGAAUUAUUUAAGCAAAUAGCUGAAUUAAAAGAUAAAUUGCUUGAAUCAAAUGUAAGCAGUAAGGAUCAACUUUCAGAGAUGAAAAAAGACAUGGAUGAAUUAUUACAGGCUUUAGAAGGUGCUCAGUCAGAAGUAGAAAUAUUGAAGAAAGAAGUUACAAAACAAACUUCUCGUGCUGAGCAGUGUGUUAGUCUGAAAAAUCAACUUGAGAAACAAACCUUUGAGUUACAGCAAGUCACCAGCAAACUCAAAGAGUUGGAGUAUGAAAGAGACUCAUAUAAAGAUUGGCAACAACAGGCUAAGACUGCUCAGAAAAGGCUUUCAAACAUGGCUGAGCUAGAAAAGGAAGUUGUCCGUCUUCGGGCAACAGAGCGCUCGCUCCGCGAUGCAGUUUGCAACAAGUUGUUACUGGAAGAGCAAGUUCACCAGCUCAACUCCAGGCUUGAAGUUCUGCAGCCAGUCCAACAGGAGUUGCAUGAAGCUAAAGUUAAGAUUGCUUCGCUGGAAGCUUCACUAGAAGAAUGGAAGAGUUCAGCCAGGAACCACGGUGUAGAAAGCGCAAGAGCUUUGUCUUCGGCCCUUGAAUCUGCUUUGACGAGCCAAUUGGCUGCUACUGCAGGAUGUUCUCAAGCGCAGUCACAGCUUGCACAAAUUACUGAGGAAAUAGCCACUGUUAAAUAUGAACGUGACAAGGCUGCGGCGAAGCUCAACGACUUGCUAACCGUGCGCAAGAAUCAAGAGAGCCUCAUCCAUAGAUUGCAGAAGCGGCUACUGCUCGUGUCGAGAGAGAGAGACAGCUAUAGACAACAGCUGGAUUGCUACGAGAAGGAGUUGUCGGUCACCUUAUGCGGUGAAUCUGGGGCGGGCAGUGCUGCAUUACUCUCGGCUAGGGUGGAACAAUUGGAAAAGGCUUUGCAGGGAUACCGCGAUUUAGUGGCAACUCAUGAUCAUACUACGCACACUAAACUGGUUGACACCCUUCGGGCCGAAGUAACAAAAUGGCGCGAAGAGGCCGAAUCGCUUCGUCGCGAUGUACAGAAGUUGCGCGCUCAAAGGGACAACUUGCAGGUGCAUAUGGAACGACUCGACACAGCGCCUAAGACUAAGGUCCUCCAUUUGACCGAUAAUCCCGCGGCCGUUGCUCAAAAGCAGGUGCAACAGGAUUUAGAAGCGGCUCAGGAAGAGAUAAAAAGGCUGAAAGCAGCAUUACGCGAAGGCGGAUCGCGCGAUGUCUCAGAGGAAACUCAGAAGUUGCGGCAACAGCUCGAGAGUAGAGACAUCAAGCUGAAAAGAAUGAAAGAAGAGUUUACGUCUUCAGCACAGGAAUACAGAGAUGUUUGUUACAUGCUGCUAGGAUAUAAAAUUGAUAGAACUGGACAUAAAAAUUAUAGAUUAUCAAACAUGUACGCGGAGUCCGCGGACGAAUAUUUAACAUUCACACUAUGCGACGACGGCAUAGAGAUGGUUCACACCGAAUACUCGGCUUCUUUAGGAGAACUAGUGGAAUUGCAUCUGCAUCAACACCGCUCCAUACCUGUGUUCCUUAGUGCUCUGACAUGUGAUCUGUUUACUCGAACCACUAUGCAACAUGAAGUCGAAGAUUGCUGAGAAGUAAAAAAAAUCUAAGAAACUUUCGUCAGUGAGCGAGCUUCUGCAUCUAUUUACCUUACUCAUGUAUUUGUUUUCAGUGUAAGAGUAGUAUUUGGUCUCGAAUGCACAUGAAAAAUCAUGUUUAACACUCAUUCUAUAUCAAUUUGACUUUAAACAAUUGAAUAAUAUAUAAUAUGAAACGAUCUAUUAAACUCACAGACUUAAUAAACUGAGUGUAUUUUUUUUCUGCUUGCUUUUACCCAUGCUUUUAAACCUCUUUGAAAGAUUCUGAAACAGUUAGAUUAUUGCCAACAUUUAAAUAUCCCAAGUCCGAAUAACCAUAAUAUUAAAAGGAAAGGAAAUGUCAUAAAUUUCACUCCUUUGCUUUUUCGAUCCCUUCCGCGCAAAGGGUUUACUCAUCAGACAGCCACAUUUUUACUGUUCUAUGGUACAGAUAUCUAUCUGAAAUCAUUUUUAAAAAAGGUCAUUUUCAUUCACCACAGCGCCGAAACUUUUCAUGAAUUUUAAAUUCUUAGAACGCUCCAUGGUCUCAGAAUCUUAUAGAGGAUUCAUAAUCAUAGGCGAAGAUAAAGUCUUGUACCUAUGCAACUGUUUAUAAUUAGUUAAUAAAGCACUAUUGCGUUUUAAACAUGCACGCCACGCAGUGAGUGUUCCGAUAAAAACUGUGCAAAUGACACCAGAUCCACACUUGAUAAGUGUCCCUUUAAACUAAAAAAAAUACGCACAAGCGUCUUUUAUGCGUAAUUUUUAAACAAUAGUGUUUUGACCGCGCUUUGUUUACAACGCCACGCAGUGACAGUGUUCGGAUAAAAACUGUGCAAUUGACACCAGAUCCAAAGGACAUUGCUCGUUCCCCAUACAUUGAAUGCCCUAUAACGCCCAGCAAUGAGAAAAUGCUAGUUGUGUUCGGAAUCAUUCAUAAACUCUAAUUAAGCAUUUGUUGAGAUACGGACAACUUGAGGAACCGUGGCCUACUACAGAAUGUAUUAGAUUUUGAGGUUAUGAUUAUUAUACUUAAUCGUAAAAGAUGUACACUUUAUAUAUUCUGAAUAGAUUUAGUUUUUACCUCUAUGUAAGCACUGAAAUAAUAUGCAUUAAAUGAACAUAAAAUGCAAUUAAUAAUAAAAAUAAUAAAUGCUUAUAUUCAUAUUGAUUUAUGAGUGUUGUCAGUUGGCACCUAUGAUAAUAGAUUUCUUUUCAAAUGAAAUGUUCAGUCUUUCCAUUUACCUGUUUCUAUAUUUUACUAUCGGUAAUUAGGUAUGUACCUGGUUAUCAAUAUGAUUUUCAUAAAAAUAAACAGAUAUUACAUGGGAUGGGAGUAUAAACUAUAUUUACAUAAUUUCAGAAAUAAUCUUUUUAUAAAUAUAAUAUAAAUACUAGUAAUAACUAUUAUUGACUAAGGUACCUAGUUCUAUUUUUAUGUUGAUAAAUACCUAUGGUCGCCUAUAUUGCAUUCAUUAAGGUAAACAAUCUUGACACAACUUCUUAACAGAAUCACCCGUUUAAUAAUAAAAUAUUAACGAAGCCAAUAAACUAUUAAAAUAAAUCGUCAUUAUAGACUGAAACCUAUUGAAUCUAGUUAUCAGUUGAUUUUUAAUGCUGUAUUUUCAAUAAAAAGGAGUGCCAAGUUGGAUGAACAGACUGUAGUAUCUAGUAACAGAACUUUUAUUUUUUAUUUUCUUAAACAGAUUGUCCGUUUACAAUGAUUAAUUGCUAAUAAGUUAAAAAAAUCAUUAAAAAAAAUAAUAGUGAAGGACAUUCUUUUGGGCAUGCUAGGGCCGAUUUCGUCGAUGUCCUUUGAUAAAUGUCCCUUUAAACUAAAAAAAUACGCACAAGUGUCCUUUGUGCGUAAUUUUUAAACAAUAGUGUUUCGACCGCGCUUUGUUUACAACGCCACGCAGUCACAGUGUUCGGAUAAGAACUGUGCAAUUGACUCCAGAUCCACACUUGAUAAGUGUCCCUUAAAACUGACAAAAUUACGCAACUAUCUUGGCGUUUUCUAUCGUAUUGCCAAUUAAUAACAUUUUAAUAGCCACAACAAGAUAUCUCUUCCCGUGUGCGCCCCCUGCGUCACGUGAUCGUUUAUGUCUCUUUCGCACCGUAAUCAAACUCUCUCGCUCAUAUGCGAUUGACAGUGAAUCUUACAGCCACGACAUAACGUGUUAAUUUAAACAAAUGUAUUAAUUUAGGCGAUUGGGAGUCAACUUGUUUUCUACACAUCAAUGCUAUUACUU